AUGGAACGACGUUUCACUAACGAUGCUCAACUUCAAAUUGAGUAUAAGAGUUUCAUGCGCGAGUACAGUGAGUUGGGUCACAUGGAGCCAUCCAUAAGCUGCAACCUUCACAGGACAUAUUUCCUACCGCAUCACGCGGUGAUAAAACCAACUAGCACUACCACGAGGUUGCGUGUGGUGUUCGAUGCGUCGUGUAAGACAACAAGUGGCGUGUCGCUCAAUGACAACUUAUUAGUGGGGCCAACUAUACAAAAAGAUCUGUUCGAAAUUAUAACAAAUUUUCGCAAGUAUGCAGUCGCAUUUUCUGGCGAUAUAGAGAAGAUGUAUCGUCAGGUGCUUAUACAUCCAAAGGACCGUUCAUUGCAGUGUAUUUUAUGGAGAGACGCGAAGGACGAAUUACCAAAGGAGUACAAUCUCAAAACAGUAACAUAUGGUACUUCAGCAGCGCCAUUCUUAGCUAUCAGGACGUUACAUCAAGUUGCGAAUGACUUCGAAAUCGAUGCUCCUUUGGCAGCAAAGGCAAUUAAGCAGCAUUUUUACGUCGACGAUUUUAUGGCAUGUGCCAUUAAUGCGCGCUCAGCAAUAGAGCUCAAAAAUGAGCUUUGCACCAUCUUGUCGAAAGGUGGGUUUCAUUUACGAAAAUGGGCAUCAAAUUCUGGAACGUUCAUGCAGUCAAUUGAGACACGAGACCGGGAAUUAAAUUCAGAAACUAUAAUCGACACAUCUCAGGCAAUUAAAACACUUGGACUCCUUUGGGAUACAUCACGAGACUGCUUUAAGUACAGCGUAAAUCUACCAAUAAUCGAGCAAACUGUGACAAAACGCGCGGUAUUGUCAGACAUCGCAAAAAUCUUCGAUCCCAUGGGAUGGUUGUCACCAGUCGUAAUCGCAAUGAAAAUAUUUAUGCAGAAACUUUGGCUGCGAGGUCUUGGCUGGGAUGAAGAGUUACCCAACGAUCUCUAUAAUAAAUGGACAGAGUAUCGGCAAAACAUCAACGACAUUCAAAAGCUACGAAUUCCGAGAUGGUUGGAAUUCGCGGACGAAACGAGCGUUGAGUUGCAUGGGUUUGCUGAUUCAUCAGAGCAGGCUUAUUCAGCAGCAAUCUACAUGCGUAUCCCAUAUGCGAAAGAUGCAUUUCGAACAAACUUGAUUGCUGCUAAGACGAAAGUUGCGCCGGUUAAGCAAGUUAGUUUACCUCGUCUGGAAUUGUGCGCCGCACAUCUUAUGACAAAACUAAUGACAAAAGUUCGCAGCGCCCUGAACUUGUUAGACGCCGCAGUUGUCGGAUGGACUGAUUCAACAGUCGUUCUGGCCUUGUUAUCAGACCAUCCACGUCGCUGGAAAACGUUUGUUGCCAACAGGACGGCUCAAAUACUUGAGGUCAUACCAGCAGAACAAUGGCGACAUAUAUCGUCACAGCAAAAUCCUGCAGAUCUGGCCACGAGGAGAAUUUGGCCUAACGAGCUCAUCAAAAACCAGCUAUGGUGGCAUGGCCCAAAUGAGUUAAGACAACUGGUCACAACAUGUGAUCAUACACCAACCGUUCCUGAGGAUACUGAUUUAGAAGAACGAAAAGAAACGAUGUCCCAUGUAGCCACCGUUGAAGAAAUUGACAUAUUCGACCGAUAUUCCUGCUACACUAACCUUCUACGAGUGACAGCGCUUUUGUUACGAUUUACAGAUAAUUGUAAGGCUAUGAAAUCAAAGCUUGAAAUGUCAAAAUCGUUUUUAACAACAAAUGAACUACUGCGGGCGCAUAACGCUUUGGUUAGGAAAGCUCAAACAGCAUCAUAUGCGCCGGAAUUACGAAGCUUACGUCAGGGUAAGCAAUUGCUAGUUUCACACAAAUUGGCCAUGCUAUCCCCUUUCAUUGAUGGCAAUGACGUGUUACGAGUUGGGGGAAGAAUCACGAAUGCAGAUGUAAACUACGAUCAGAAGCAUCCUAUUAUUCUCAACAAGGAUCAUCAGUUGACAAAGCUUAUCAUAAAUGAUUAUCACGUGAGAAAUUUGCAUGCUGGAAACCGGCAACUUCUUUACUUACUGGAUAUUCGCUACUGGAUUCCCCGCGGCAAGAUUACCAUCAAGCGCUGUAUUUAUAAGUGUACUGUCUGUAUGAGACAGCGUGGCAUUCCACACCAGCAACAAAUGGUCACCAUCCCUCGUCCACGAUUGAAUCCAGGCAGCGCGUUUCUGAAUACGGGAGUGGAUUUCGCAGGGCCAAUCCAGAUCCGUUCAUGGAAGGGUCGUGGCACACGGCUGUACAAAUGUUGGAUUGCGCUUUUUGUGUGCCUCGCCACAAAAGCCGUUCACAUUGAAUUGGUCACCGAACAAUCUACCGCUGCUUUUAUAGCCGCUUUACGUCGUUUUAUCGCCAGGCGCGGAAAACCUAUGCACAUCUAUUCCGAUAAUGGAACCAAUUUUGUUGGGGCUGAUCAGCAACUGCGAGAAAUUCACCAAUUGCUGCAGUCACCUACAACACAAGAUGGUACCACACGUGAACUCGCUGACCAGCAUAUUCAGUGGCACUUCUCGCCUCCGUCCGGACCGCACUUUGGUGGUAUCUGGGAAGCUGGUGUGAAAUCGAUGAAACACCACUUGAAGCGCACGCUAGCUGAUACUUCAGUCACCUACGAAGAAUUGCAAACGGUGUUAUGUCAGAUCGAAUUCUGCCUUAACUCCCGUCCAUUGUGCGUUAAGUUCGAGGGCGAUCUUGACCCAUUAACAUCUGCACAUUUUUUAAUUCAACGAUCAUCUACAACAAUACCAGACGAGAACAUGCUAAAUUUGAAAGAAAAUUCUCUAAAUCGAUGGCAGUAUCUUCAGCGCCUUGUCCAAUAA